AUGAGUUUUGGACAUUCGGGGAACCCCACUACCAAUGCAUUCGACCUUAGUACGGCACUCGCUCAGCUUGGACUCAGCCAGUAUGUGGAGCGCCUACAAGAAAACGGCUUUGAGGAUUGGGGCACUGUGGCCGCGAUCACGGAAGCCGACAUGACCGAAUUGAACUUCAGGCUGGGCGAUCGCCGGAAACUUCAACAUGCAAUACGUGAGUAUAGCGGUUCAUCGCAAGGGCUACCCGCCCCCGGGGGACAUUCCGAGAUAACGCCGCAAUCCUCACAGCAGGCAGCACGUACUACCAGACUGUAUCGACGGCACCCGCGACCAGAUCCUAAUGCCCCCCAUAAGCCUAAAACGGCUUAUGUGCUCUUCGGGGAGUAUGUCCGGCAGGAUCCUGCACUCAGUCAUUCGUCUUUUACAGAAAUCGCCAAGGAAACUGGGAAACCUUGGAGGGAACUGCCUCAGGAAGACCGGAUGGGCAUCUGGGAAACACCGGUUGCUGACAGGCUGCAAGAGUACAAAAGAGAGCUCGAGCUUUACAAGCAAACAGAGAACUACCAGAACCACCAAACAUAUCUUGAGCAAUUCAAGCAAAAACGGCAAAAUCCAGAUACAUUAAUUCCGCCGGGCAACAAACCCCCAUCUAUUCACGAAUUCGAAUCUUUUGAUCAGCUACUUGGCCCGCAGGAAGGACUCGAAGCUACCCGUCAAGAGAGCGUAAACAUAGAUGAUCUAGAUUUGGAAGGUCAGUCGGAAGAUGAAGCACCGCCCACCGAGGAUGCGAUGGAAGAGGUACGCCAUAUUUCGAAAGCUCUCGGUGUCAACCCUCACUUGACCAGAGUUACUGCAUUUCCAUCAGAAGACAGGACAACCAAAGCCGUUGAAGCCUUCGUCUUUGGAACAGGUUCGCUUCUCUACCUUUGGAACCAGGAGGAAGCCUUCGACCUUGUUAGAUCUGUUUACCACCCACAAAGCGACUCAAAACCAGUGGACGCGACCGAAGUCUUUGCAAUGGCAGCAGUAGGAAGCUAUUGUGAUGCAGAGAGCCAUACAAAUUUGGCCCAGGAGAAGUUUCUCCAUUUCUUCCUGUACAUGCUGUCCUCAUCUUCAGCUCUGUGUGAACUCCGCUGCAUGCGGCUUUUUGCAUGCCUAGCGGUAUGUCGUUUCACUAAUAGCGUGCAAAGCGCUAGGAGACUUAUGUUCUCAGCUCUCAGUAUGGGAAGGCAGACGAUUACGUCUCCAUCGUUUGAGGCAGAACACUCCGAAGAGAAAGUACACUAUUGGCGAAAUGUGUUCCGAAGUGUCGUCUUUCUAGAAAGCUGGUUUGCAUAUAAUACUAGCCACGACUCACGGAUAUAUCGUUCCUCUCCUUCGCACGCUAAACAAGGACUCCUUCAAGAAUGCGUUGGCGAACUUGGCCGGUUAGGCACAUACAUAGCGAUUGACUUGAAGACUGCAAAUCAGCCAAAGGCUGUGCAAGCUUCGGUUUAUUUCGAGUCCCUUAGCGAAUGGCACCGUACCCUUCCACCGCCGAUGCAACUGAGUCGUCUCAGUCUUGCAGAUCCAUUCACUAUGAACUGGGAUACACAGCGGUCUCUGUUGCAGUUACAUAUACUCUUCCUAGGCGUGUUUGUUGAGCCUUUUCGAACUUGUUUAGUUGAUCUUGGGAGGUCCCGCUUAAGCAAUACCUCUAUCGACACGAAUGACCUGGGCGCCCUAAAACACGUUGAAGAGCAAUGCGUCUUGGCGGCACGGCAAUCCGCUCGGGUGGCAUCACUACUACAGACUAACGGUUUGAUCCGAUCGCACUGCUGGGUUUCUAUCUAUACCAGCUUCACUGGCUGUGCAGUACUCUUAUUCAGCGCUUCGCAGAGAUUGGCCGAGCUCUCCGGAGAAGAAACUAGCCAAGAGCUAUCAUACGCAUCUUCACAUCUGAAUAUACUCGCCUUCUGCAGCUACGAUAACGUCAUGGCGAGAAAGCUCUACGUACAACUUCAGAUCAUUUUCAAUGAUAUCAGAGAGAUCGUAGUAUCCCCGGUUUAUCACACAAUGCGCGAGAUGGACAUCGCCGUCAAAGACGUAUCGCUCGUACCGCUCUCGCAUUAUGACGCUGUUGAAGGGGCGGAGGAGGUUAGCAGGGCUAUAUUAGACAUAACAAGGAACAGUAUAGUUAUACUUCAGCAACGCAUCGGUAACUAG